AGCGGAUAAAACAAGGUUUUAAGAAUCGUUUUUUUCCGGGUUAAAAAUGAAGAAAUUAGAGGAUCAAGCCGUUCAGGCACAAGUAUCUAAGGCAUUGGAAUCAAAUCAGGGAAAAGAACAUAAAAUUGCACAGGAAUAUACAGAAAAAGAGGCAUCAGUGCUUCAAUCAUUGUUGGAUCGGCAGCUGGGACCGGAAUAUAUAUCAUAUCGUCCAGGAGUGAAUGGUUCCAAGGUUCAUUAUCUUGAGGCGUGGAAAGUAAUUAAUCUGGCGAACGAAGUAUUUGGAUUUAAUGGAUGGUCGUCUAGUAUUCAGAAUAUACAGGUUGAUUAUAUAGAUGAAUUCAAGGAAUCAGGACGAUUAAAUCUAGGGGUAUCAGUGAUUGUUCGUGUAACAUUGAAGAAUGGUAUUUAUCAUGAGGAUAUUGGUUAUGGUUGCGUGGAAAAUUUUAGAGGAAAAGGAGCAGCGUUUGAAAAAGCUAAAAAGGAGGGAACAACGGAUGCCUUGAAAAGAGCAUUGAGAACAUUUGGUAAUGUUCUUGGAAAUUGUCUUUAUGAUAAAACUUAUUUAAGAGAAAUUGGAAAAAUCAAUGUAACAAAGAACAAAUUUGAUGUUUCUGAACUUCAUCGUCAUCCGAGUGCUUUUAACAAAAUUCCAAAUAAUGUUGCAAAACCAAUUGAAUCGAAGGAAACAUUAAUUGUAGCACAACCAGAGAAAAAUAUUCCAUCGAAAGAAGUCCCUACAUUAACUAGGGAAUCAGAACUUUAUGAAGAUGGUGAUGAAUUUGAUGAUAUAGAUUUUCAGGAAAUAGAUAAACCUAUAGAUCCAGAAUUUUGUCAUCAAUUCGAAUACGAUAUUGAAGAUACAUUUUCUAAUUUUUCCCAUUCAGAUCUAAUUGAUGAUAACGUUCAUGUAGCAGAAGAAUAUCAUACUACAUCUGCAAAUUUAUCUAAAAACGGACGCUUUGAACAAAAGUCUACAACAAACACUUCACAUAAUUUUACAGAUUCUUUACAAAAAAAGGAGACAGAAAAAGAAUCUAAACCAUAUUCUUUAAAUGAACCUCCUAAACUUCCUCAGAAUCCUACCUCUAUAAAACAAAACACUGAUCAUCCACCAGAUUAUAUUCCAAUGUUUGUUAAUACACGAUCUGCAAUUACCAAUUCCAAAGGGGUCAUUGAUGCUUCUUCUGGCGUAGCCUUUAAUCCACAUAUCGAUAGUCCUUCUUUAAGAAAAACACCAGGAUUAGAUCAUACAAAAUCAACUCCCAUAAGACGUCAAAAUACACCAAUAAACAUGGCUCCAUUAAUAUCUAAUCGCACUAAACAACCACCUACUUCUCGCCUUGUUGGUGCUCCUCCAACACAUACUCGAAAUUAUCAUCAAGAUCCUUUUCAAUCAACAAGUACUAAACGUUUUGCAAAUAAUAAUACCUCCAGAAAUGAUUCUUCAUUCGUUUUAAAUGAAAUGCCUGAUCCUGUAUUAAAUCAACAAGAAUCUUUUCAAAAAGAAAAUGAUAAAAACGACAUACACAACUCAGAUACAAUCAAUUCAAUUGCUUCAAAGAGAUAUAAAACUUGAUUUUUUCCUUUCAACUUCCAUUUCAUUCGAUCUCAAAACUUACCU